AUGGCAACGUUCAAUGGAGACACGAGUUUCACACUUACCGACAGUCAAACAGGAUGCGAUGAAGAAAAAGUGAUCGAUAUACCUGUUGUAGAUAAUACAGAAUUCAGAGCACAGUUGAUAUCUCGUAUCGAAGAAGUAACUUCGACCAUAAUCCAACAAAUAUGUUCCGACCGAUUACCCCAAAUUUCAUAUUCGUUGGUGCACAAUUACACGUCGAUGGAGACCGAAAUUGUCGAAGAAAAUUAUUUUCCCGACUGUGCCUCGAACGUUGAUUCGUAUCUUCUCGAAGAGGCCACGCAAGUCGAGGAAGAACCCACGCAAAAUGGCGUGCAGAGUGGCAAGAAGACGGUCAGCAAUUUUGCUAGGAGGAAAGGCAAGGACAAGUUCGCUUUGAUGAUGACGGUAAUGGCCGCGGCACAUCGUUUGUUAAUUACGAACACCACCGUCACCAGACGAUCCCUUUAUUACGAUCUCAAGAACGAGAAUACUUUGAACUUGGCGCCGGAACAGAGAUGCGUGGAUCAAGCGGUGAAUCACGUCGCCAAUUUGCUGAAUUGCGCGCCAUGGGAGCUCAAUCUUGUGCCUACGUUGAAAGGAUUAGCAGCGGGUGAACUGCAACUCAUGCUAACCGACAAUAGAGUAGUCGAUUGCAAAGUCCCAGGCGGAGCUCUCAUUCCCCUAAUGGCGUCGAAUGUAGUUUCCGUUCGAACGAGAGCGAAAAUGGUGCUGGUCGUCGAGAAAGACGCUGUUUUUCAAAAAUUGUUGGAAGACGAUUGUCCAUCUUUUUUAAAGUGCAUUCUGGUCACCGGGAAAGGGUACCCGGACGUGGCCACGAGGAUGCUGGUGAAACUGCUGUCGGAGAAAAUGGAACUUCCGGUUUACGCGAUCGUGGACGCGGACCCUUUUGGCGUGGACAUUAUGUGUGUCUACCGGUAA